GGGAUCUGUCACACACGUCUUUACACGCCUAUGAAAGAACAACGAAAAUUAAGAUCUACGGAAUAUCGGGUUUACUACUUGGGGUGUACAAUAGUGUGGAUAAAAGUUCCCGUCUAGCGCUAGUUUCAGAUAUGGCGCAACUCAAUGCAUAAAAGGAGUGAGAAGGACAAGCGGUAUGAUAGACAGUUAAGGCUAUGGGGUGAUCAUGGGCAGUUUGCACUUGAGUAUGCCAAAGUGUGUCUUUUGAGAGCUGAAGGUUUGGGGGCAGAAAUAUUGAAAAAUUUAGUACUUCCAGGGGUCGGGAGCUUCACAGUUAUAGAUGAUUCCUAUGUAACUGAUAAAGAUUUAGGAAGCAAUUUCUUCGUUACAGAAGAUCAUAUUGGAAAGGUAGCUACACCACAUUUCAUUGCAAAAUACUUCUCAGGCGAGAGCACAGGUGGUAACAGAGUCUUUAAUGGAGCUAAACGACGAAGUUAAUGGAAAUUACUUGAUUGAGGAUGUCCGCGAUUUGUUAGAAAAGGACCCUCAAAUUUUCUUUUCUUUUGAUAUUGUUAUCGUAACAGAUGCCAGAGAAAAAUUACUAAUUCGUCUCAGUCAGCUUUUGAGUGGUACUUCUAUCACUUUGGUGGUAUGCGUCAGCAUUGGUGUCAUUGGAUAUUUAAGAAUCUGCUCUCCUGAACAUGUGAUAGUCGAAUCUCAUCCAGAUUCCUAUUGCCCUGAUCUAAGACUUGAUCGACCGUUUCCUGAUUUCGUUAAAAUGGUAAACGAACAACCGUUAGAGGAAAUGUCAUCUGAACAGCUUUGCCAUACACCGUGGCUCAUAAUUGUUUAUGUUUUUCUGCAGAAGUUUAUUUCUUUACACGGCCAUUUCCCAAGAAACCAUAAAGAAAAGGCAGAGAUUAAAGAUAUGAUUUCUAAAGGUGCAGUUGAACUUUGGAGUCAAUUACGUAAACGUGAGAAUAACCUGGAUUCAUCUUUUGUCUUGGAAAAUUUUCAAGAAGCAUGCCAAGCAGUCAAUACAGCAGUUCUACCGACCACAAUUCCUGAAAAUGUGAAGAAGUUACUCGAGGAUGACCGCUGUAAUGAUCCCUGUCUUACAAAUAUUGGUAUUUCGGGAUCCAGUAACACAAAUCUAAAGUUUCCUACCAGGAACCACCAACAAUUAAACAGAAAGGAUUCUGUUUACACAACUAUUUCAUCUGUGAAAUUCUGGCGUCUAGUUCGUGCUCUACGAGAUUUUAUUAAACAUGAAGGUGAAGGACAACUACCUGUGCGUGGUAGUCUACCAGAUAUGAUAUCUGAUUCGAAGCGUUAUUUACAACUUUUAUCUAUUUAUCGUGAACGUUCUGAGUGGGCAGUGGAACGUCUUACCUCAAGAUUAUUGCAAUUUCCUGAUAUUUCUGUAGACGACGUGCGUCUUUUUGUUAAAAAUGCAAGUUUUCUGAAUGUUGUACGUUGUCGGUCACUAGAAGAGGAAAUGAAACUUUCGCCAGCGCGUUCAGACGAUCUUACCUUACUCCCAACACACGAAGGCAAUGAUUCCAUGUUGUGGUAUUUAGUUCUUCGAGGUGCUAGUAGUUUUCUGAUGGAAACUGGACGGUGGCCUGGUAGUUCACAGCCUUAUACUACAACAUCUAAAUUCAGUUCUAACGACCAAAAUCCGAACUCAACUGGAAUUCCAGUGCCAUGUGAAGAACAAUUCUCCGCUACAAAUUCUGAAGAGUUAAGCAUGAACAUCGUUGAAUCUGACUUGCCAACGUUACGGAUACACUUAAAUCGUGUUCUCCAAUCGUUUGGGAUUGCAUCGAAUCGUGUUAGCUCAGAUUAUUUAGAGUAUAACAACUUGAGUUGACGCAUCAUUGUGUCGAACUGCACUUUAAUUAUGACUAACUUGUUUUUAAUAGAACUCUCUAUCUAGAAUUGUCUUUGAAUUGUAAUACUUUGAAAUGGUUAAUAGUCGGAUGGUGUGGAAGGUUUUUUUGAUCUUAAUAGCAUCGCUAUUAUUUCGCGUUAUUGUAUUUAGAACAAGAUACUUAAGAAAACAAUAUUACUUUCAAUUAGAACUUUAUCAUAGCUAAAUACAUAUUUAAAUAAUAUUGAAUCAUCCUAAAACACUUGAGUCAAUCAUCAUAAAAUAGGAUAUAUAAAUAGUCGCAGUGAGUAUAUUGUACGAAUUGUUAUUAAGAUGAUCUGUGUAGGACUAACAAACAACAUGACAACAAGACUAAGAUAAUGAUCAAUAAUAAUUACAUAGUCGGAUGUAAAUAGCAUAUUUGAUGAGUCCCUAUGAAUGCUCUAGUUCAUGAUCAUGGUCGACGAAGUGUGAUGAGAUGGAGCUGUAUAUAGAUUCAGUUAGACCGUUUUCGAACCACGAAAAUAGAUAGUCGGCAACUGGUAACCUAAGUGACCUAAUUGUAGGAUCGACAUAGCUUUCACCAUAGGAUCAGCGAAAUCGGUAUUGUCUGACAAAAAUCUAUUCUAAUACAGUAUUGUUCGCUUAUAUGUUCUGUCACAAUUUACACAAAAGGUCGUAAUAUCGUAUUCAGAAAGCAUAUUGAUAUCUACUAAAUUCUUUUAAAUCGAUCGCCGUGCCACAUAAGAUUCCCAAUUCAAAUCUCGAUGUGGUCGUGGAAUUGCACUGCUUAGGAGUCCCAAACUGAAACAAAACAGCAUCCAGUGCUUCCUGGUUUACAGUGGUUGCCUAAAUAAAAUCAGUCAGCGAUGCGAACUAUUUUUAUUUUUUCUGCAAUCUAUUAAAGCCGCGCUACUUCUACCUUCUUUUCUAACCUACAGGAAAUGUGUCAGUUUCGUGGUAAUGAAUUGCAUUCAGUGGUUGCAUUUAUGGGUGGAGUUGUAGCCCAAGAAGUUAUCAAAUUAAUCACACACCAGUUUGUCCCAGUAUCAAAGCCGUUGAUUUAUAAUGCUAUACACCAGAAAAUUGAAUUGUUGGAUUUUUGAUGAACGUUGUUGUUCAUAUAUGAGUUGAUUAUAUGUGCAUGCAAAAUAAAUGCUAUUUCUCAAUUGA